AUGGAACGCGAUGGUGAGGAUGAAAAGAAGGUUUUGGAGAGGCAAGAGAAGUCGAGUCAGUGCGACGCGAGGAAGAAAAAGAAACCAACUUGCCCCAUCUCGAGGUGCCGACGGGUGUUAACAUUCUCAAACACCACCACAUGUGAGAAUUGUUGUGUAAAGAUCUGCCUGAGCCGCAGGUUUUUGACCGACCACAGUUGUGAGUGGCUGAGACCGGCGUCGGUGGUGGUUACUCUGAAUAACACUAAAUUCAUGGUUGCUUUGGGUUUGAGGAGUGGGUUGAAAGCGGCGUGGGUUGAUGAGGCCGGUGGACGCGCUUCGACGAGGCAACGUAGAUCUCUAGAACUGAAUAUCCAAUGUUUGCACGGUGAGCAGCGGUCUAGGUGGUUGUCUGGUACAUCGAUUCAAAAGGUGGAUGGUCGACCAAACUGUUACCGCUCGGUCGGAGCAGCGCGGUCAUUGAAGGGUCGGCCAUAG